UCAGUUGAAAGUAACAAGACGUAGGGGGUAGAGACGACAUGUGUUGUCUCCACCUGUGUGAGUAGAACUGUGGAACUGUAGUAGAUCCACUGCUCCUCUCUCUCGGUGGUUUGAAGUGUGGCGGCGACUUUUAAUCUCUCACAAUGGAUUCACAACAGGCACCCAAGAAGCGAGGCCGUAAACCCAAACCUAAGGAAGACAAGAAAGACGAACAACAGCAACAGCAACAGCAAACUCCUAAAAUGAAAGACACCGCCAAGAGAACUCAACAUCACUCUGUUGACGACAAGUAUAAUCAGUGGAAAUCUCUUGUUCCUGUUCUUUAUGACUGGCUCGCUAAUCACAACCUUGUUUGGCCUUCUCUCUCUUGCCGAUGGGGCCCACAGCUUGAGAAAGCUACUUACAAGAAUCGGCAACGCCUUUACCUUUCUGAACAGACUGAUGGUAGUGUUCCGAAUACACUUGUCAUUGCGAACUGUGAGGUUGUCAAACCUAGGGUUGCAGCUGCGGAGCACAUUUCUCAGUUUAAUGAAGAGGCAAGAUCUCCAUUUGUCAAGAAGUAUAAAACCAUCAUUCAUCCUGGAGAGGUCAACAGAAUCAGGGAGCUUCCACAGAAUACUAAGAUAGUGGCUACCCACACUGACGGUCCUGAUGUUCUCAUUUGGGAUGUUGAAGCUCAACCUAACCGCCAUGCUGUUCUUGGAGCUUCUAAUUCUCGCCCAGAUUUGAUUUUGACGGGACAUCAAGAUAAUGCAGAAUUUGCUCUUGCUAUGUGCCCUACUGAGCCGUAUGUGCUCUCUGGAGGUAAGGACAAAUCGGUGGUUUUAUGGAGUAUACAGGACCAUAUAACAACAUCAGCCUCAGAUCCAGCCACAGCGAAAUCUGCUGGAUCAAGUGGAUCAAUCAUUAAACAGAAUCCCAUGCCUGGGGAAGGUAAUGAUAAAGUUGCUGAUUGUCCUUCUGUUGGUCCACGAGGUAUCUAUUAUGGGCAUGAUGAUACAGUUGAAGAUGUGACAUUCUGUCCAUCCAGUGCACAGGAGUUCUGUAGCGUAGGUGAUGAUUCUUGCCUCAUAUUAUGGGAUGCCCGAGUUGGUUUGAACCCAGUUAUUAAGGUUGAGAAAGCACAUAAUGCUGAUCUGCACUGUGUUGAUUGGAAUCCCCACAAUGAUAAUCUUAUCAUUACCGGGUCAGCUGAUAAUUCUGUUCGCAUGUUUGAUCGUCGGAAUCUGACUUUUAAUGGGGUUGGUUCACCUAUUCAUAAAUUUGAGGGUCACAGAGCAGCUGUUCUUUGUGUGCAGUGGUCUCCAGACAAAUCAUCUGUAUUUGGAAGUUCUGCAGAGGAUGGACUCUUAAACAUUUGGGACUAUGAGAAGGUUGGUAAAAAGGUGGAGCAUGGGUCAAGGUCUCCAAGUUCUCCUGCAGGCUUGUUUUUCCAGCACGCUGGGCACAGGGACAAAGUUGUUGAUUUCCAUUGGAAUGCAUCUGAUCCAUGGACUGUUGUUAGUGUCUCUGAUGACUGUGAGACGACAGGUGGAGGGGGCACAUUGCAGAUAUGGCGCAUGACCGAUUUGAUCUAUAGGCCAGAAGAGGAGGUUUUAGCAGAGCUUGAGAAGUUUAAGUCUCAUGUAAUCUCAUGUGCUUCUAAGUCUUGAAACAUCAUAUGAUUGAGUGUCCACAAACAAUUACUUGUACUAGGUAUCAUCGUAAUUGAGCUAGUGUUGACUUGAUACAAAUGAUAGAGAUUAUUAGUUGGGUUGUUAUUUAGGUUUAUUGUCAGAAAUGAUGUAGCUCUCCAGAAAUAGGAGGCUCUGUGAUGAUUUUUUUCUUUUUUUAUCUUUUUCUCUUUAGUAGUCCGGAAGUCUAUGCAAAUUGUGUUUAGGGCGCAAAUGAUUUAAGAAGGUUUGUUAAUGAAAAUCAAAAGGAUUA